GGUUCAUACGAUGCGAAUGCAACACCGUAGAAUGCAAGGAAGCAGGCAAAACUAUGUGCACUGCCACAAAAUUUUGUUACACAGAACUUUAUCAAAACAGACUGAACCGGGGAUGCGAUCCCGCACCUUUAGCGUGUGAGAACCGAAAACCGGUCGCGGUGGAUGUGGAAUGGCCAGCUGUCCAUUGCUGUAACGAGAAAGAUUUGUGUAAUAAAUACUCUAUACCUACAGCUACGACCGCAGAUAAAGAGGAAGGAGUCCACCCGCAGCAGAUGUACGAGCCACAGUCUACAGGUUCCAACUGUUCCAACCUGGCUCAAGUUCGCAGAUCUUCCACCACAAAAAUUAUCAACCCCACAUACAUUGCCGUGCCCGUAGCCGGAGUCUGUGUACUUCUAGGACUUAUUAUAUUCGCCAUGUACUUGUUGAGGCGACGCAGUUACUACCAUCAUCACGACAACUUCCACAGCUACCACCAUGACCAUGCAGCGCAGAACGUCUCCCCCAGCAGCAAAGGCAACAGGUGUACUGACAGUGAAAGGUCAUCGUCGGGCAGUGAGACGAAACUGUUUCUUCAGUCAUGA